UGAUCUCUCUCUCUCUCUCCCCUCCUCCUCCUCCUCCUCCUCCUCUUCUCUAACAAAGCAUGCUCCAAUCUACUAAUCUCCUUCCCUUAUUCUUCUUCUUCGUGUGCUGGUCAUGCGGGACUCUAAACGUCGUGGUUUCGGAGCCACAGACCAAUCUUCUGUACACUGCGUGCAGCCCAUACUACGAAUUCGUGAUCUCCAACUUCAGCAUCUUCAGUGAGAACCUAAACGCAACGUUUCGAGACCUGAGAGAGCAGGUGAAGGACCAAAACAAGCACUUCGCUACGUCGCAGGUAGGAGACCAGAACAACCCAGCUUCCUCUCUUUUCCAAUGCAGAGACUACCUCUCCAUCGCCGACUGCGUCGCCUGCUUCGACGUUGCUGCCGUUCAGAUCCGCAACUGCUCCGCUGGGACUCAUGGUGCUCGCGUCGUCUACGACGGCUGCUUUCUCAGGUACGAGGUCAGCACUUUCUUCAGUGAGACAACCUCAUUCAAUGCUGUAUCGUGCGGGAAUCGUAGUGCAGGAGAUCAAGCCACAGAAUUCACGUCAGCUACCCAAAAAUUGCUAACGAAUCUGCAAGCGACAACGCCCACAAUCACUGGCUUUUAUGCAGCUAGCAAGACCCAAGUGCCUAAUAAUGGUGGAACUAUAUAUGCCUUCGCUCAAUGUAUUGAAACUAUCACACAAAGUGCUUGCCUGGAUUGCCUCAACUCUGGAUAUAGCAAUAUGCAGACUUGUCUUCCCAAUUCAGAUGGCAGGGCUUAUGCUGCUGGCUGCUUCAUGAGAUACUCCACCACUUCCUUCUUUCCUGAUAACCAAACCAUUGAUACUAUUCCCUUGGUCAAACAAGGUCGUAGUAGCAAUAAUAAGGGGGCUAUUAUUGGUGGUGUGCUUGGAGCUGUGGUUGUUGUUUUGGUGGUCCUUGCAUUACUUGUUUGGAUCAAACGACCAAAAAAGCCAAAAAGUGUUCCUAGAGAUGACAUACCUGGAGCAAGCAAGUUGAAACCACCAGUAACUUACAAUUAUAGGGACUUGAAGCUUGCAACAAAAAAUUUUAGUGUAGAAAAUAAACUAGGAGCGGGAGGGUUUGGUACUGUAUACAAGGGUAACUUGAAGAACGGGAAAGUAGUGGCGAUCAAAAAAUUAACUUUACGAAACUCCCAAAAAAUGGAGGAAGAGUUUGAGAGCGAAGUGAAGCUGAUAAGUAAUGUUCAUCAUCGAAAUCUUAUUCGACUUCUGGGAUGCUCUAGUAAAGGAGAUCAAAGAAUCCUUGUUUAUGAAUACAUGAAAAACACCAGCCUUGAUCGAUUCUUAUUUGGUAAAAGGAGAGGUUUUCUCGAUUGGAAGCAGAGAUUUGAUAUUAUUUUAGGAACAGCAAGGGGAUUAGCCUACUUACAUGAAGAAUUUCAUGUUCGUAUAAUACAUAGAGAUAUAAAGACCAACAACAUCCUUUUAGAUGAUGAUCUUCAGCCCAAAAUUGCUGAUUUUGGAUUGGCAAGACUCAUACCUGAAGACAAAUCUCAUCUUAAUACAAAAUUUGUUGGAACAUUGGGGUACACAGCACCUGAAUAUGCAAUUCAUGGCCAAUUAUCGCAGAAAGCUGAUGUUUUCAGCUAUGGCGUUGUAGUCUUGGAAAUCAUCAGUGGUCAAAGAAGUGAAGAAUUGAAGGUCCAUGGUGAAGUUGAAGGCGAAUUCCUCCUUCAAAAAGCUUGGAAAUUAUAUGAGAGAGGAAUCCACUUAGAGUUGGUGGACAAUACCUUAGACCUUAAUGAGGAUGAUGCAGAAGAAGUGAAGAAAGUCAUGGAGAUUGGUUUGCUUUGCACUCAAGCAUUUGCUGACAUAAGGCCAACAAUGUCAGAAGUAGUUGUUUUUCUCCAAAACAAGGCCUUAUCAGAGAACUUAAAACCCACCAUGCCUCUCUUGAUUCAAACUAAUUAAUUAGAGCUCCAACGGAGGCUCCUUAAUUAUCCUCUCUGCUGCAUCCUCUACUACAUGCAUCUAAUAUACUGUCAAUAUUGCGUUCUACAGAAACGUGUGGUUUUAGUGUGACUUGGAGUUCCUAAUCAUAGAAGAAAGAGAAAAUGGAAAGUAAUGAUCCUUCAUUCCAUAUACCACUUUGUAUAAAUUAAAGUCUUCUCACUUGAACUUCGAUUAAAUUAUAUUUUGUUUGGCUUUCA